CCUGAGUGCUGGGGGGCGGCGCUAGAGGCAGCAGUGGUACUGCAGUGAAGUGUUUAGGUGUCAGCGUUUAUCGGGGCUUGUGAGCUUUCCCAGGGUGAGGGUCGCGGGAAAUCCAAACAGCCCCCUUAUUGGAUUGGAGGCAAAGUGGGAAGUAAUUGUACAUCAGCCAGAGAGGAGAGUAACUGCAGCCCCGUGAGAUCUCUGCUCUGGAGUCCCAGCUACUGCAGAUAUGUGACUUAUUGAACCUCACACCGACACCCCCCUGUGGAGCCCCCUGCGAUCUGCAGCUCAAUGUUGUCCACAAAGAGUCUACAAUGGAGAAGUGGCCCUUAGAAUAAGCAAAGGCCAAGGUGUUAGACACUGUCGAGAGCAGAGACAAGACUUGGAAAUGGAAACACAGAGUGAUCCUUUUAGCUUUGAUCCACUGCUGAGAAAAAUGAAAACUCAUCCAGCUGCCAUCCUACUUCUCUUCUUUGUGAUUGGCUAUGGCUCUUCUGAAAACUCUACCACUUCAAGAGGUUGCGGGCUGGAUAUCUUCCCCCGCUAUGUGUACCUUUGUGAUCUGGAUGCCAUCUGGGGGAUAGUUGUUGAAGCUGUGGCUGGAGCAGGUGUGCUGACAACCUUGUUGCUGAUGUUGAUUUUACUGGUGAGACUUCCCUUCAUCACUGAAAAAGAGAAGAAAAGUCCACUUGGAAUACAUUUCCUUUUUCUUCUUGGAACGCUUGGACUUUUUGGCUUAGCUUUUGCCUUUAUUAUACAGGAGGAUGAAGCGAUCUGCUGCACCCGGAGGUUUUUAUGGGGAGUCCUUUUUGCUCUGUGUUUCUCUUGCUUGCUUGCUCAAGGUUGGAGGAUCCGCAGGCUUGUCCGCCAUGGGAAAAGUCCCUCUGGGUGGCAUAUGGUUGGGAUGGUUAUAUGUCUAAUGCUGGUACAGGUCAUCAUCGCAGUAGAGUGGAUUAUCCUUACAGUUGUCCGAGACAGGAAGCCAUCUUGCAGUUAUGAGCCAAUGGAUUUCGUAAUGGUUUUGAUUUAUGUUAUGGUUCUGAUGGUGGCCAUGUUGGGCCUUUCCUUUUUUACUCUCUGCGGGAAAUUUCAGAAGUGGAAAAAAAAUGGAAUAUGCCUUAUUAUUACAACAGUUUUUUCUGUUUUAAUCUGGGUAGCUUGGAUGACCAUGUACUUGUACGGUAACAAGGAACUCAAGAGAAGCAAUCAGUGGAAUGAUCCCACAUUGGCCAUUGCACUAAUAUCUAGCGGUUGGGUGUUUCUCAUUUUCCAUGCCAUCAUUGAGGUCCACUGCACCAUUCUCCCAGCCCCACAAGAAAAUACGACAAAUUAUUUUGAUACCUCUCAACCUCGUAUGCGGGAGACUCCUUUCGAGGAAGAUAUUCAGCUCCCCCGUAGCUACAUGGAGAAUAAAGCAUUUUCUAUGGAUGAACAUAAUGCAGCCAUGAGAGCAGGAGGAUUCCGCAAUGGGAGUUUGGGAAGCAGGCCCAGCGCUCCAUUCCGAAGCAACGUGUACCAGCCUACUGAGAUGGCAGUUGUGCUUAAUGGCGGGACAAUCCCAACUGCUCCACCAAGUUACACUGGAAGACAUCUGUGGUGAAAAGCAUAUAGAUCGCAGGGAGUCCCUGAUACUGUUUAUUCCCUAUGGUCUUUGUGAGGGAGGAGUAAGGUAACAGAGCGCAGCCGCACAGCAUCCGAGAGUUCUGCUAAUCCUACCUAAUAGGGCUUAUCUAAAUGUCAACAGCUGGGAACUCUUGAAAUAAAUACUAAAGACGGAUUUUGUCACAGUGAACCUGGAGUUGGUUCGCACAUCCAACAAGUCUCAAUUCUAAUCGAGCAUCAACCAAUUUAAGAUGCCCUUAACAUGUAAAUGUGGCGGAGAAUCCCUGCUGCCCUGUUCCGACUACAGAGACACUUGCUGAAACUCUAUCCCUGCUCCGUUUAGAACUGGAAGAAGCAAUGCGGGCCGGGAACCAAAGUGCUGUGCCGACUCAUUCAUUGCUGAACUGUCCGUCAUGGCUAAAAAAAAGAGAAGCCCCGCCCACUCAUACCGAUUUUGAACAUUGCAAAAUCAUCGAUAGAAUUCGAUUUACGUAUGUAAAGCGAUAGAAGCCUUAAGGUUGAAUAUUGUAUGUAAAGUUGCAACAUUGAAAAAUAAUACAAGGUUCUGUUCUGGAAUAGUGGGCUGUAACAUUCACUGAUAUCAAUGCAAAGUUUCCAUACAUUCAGGUAUGUGAGUUUUCCUUUGCACGGAUCCAGUGUCGGACUGGGACACCAGGGGCCCACCCAAAAACCUUAGACAGGGGGCCCACCAAAAGCCCUUAGAUCAGGGGCCCAGUCAGUACUAUUAUAAUUCCUCUUCUCACUUAACCUCUAUUCUCCUAGUCUCUUUUCUUUACAUACUAUAAUCUUAUCUUAAUAUUAUUCAGUCUAUUUAGUCUCUUUGUUCUCAUAGAAAAAGGUAAUGACCAUAAAAUAUGCCAAAAGUUUUGAAGCAGGAGGACCCACUGACACCUAGGCCCUGUGGGCCAGUCCGACACUGCACGGAUCUAUAGAGUGGAUGCUAAUGAGCAGCACGUAGCUAAAGCUGGCCAUAGAUUUACCUUCAUAUCGGACGAACAAUCAUUUUGGUGCCAUCUCCCGACCUACAACUAACCAUUCAGAUCAAAUAAAGUAGAAAAGAACAGAUCAGACGAUGUUCUGCCCCUGACAGCAAUCGUACGAAAGUUAUGUCCGACAAAAGCUGGUGACAGUCUCCCACUGAAAAUCGUACGAUCGGCAAUACAUGCAGAGAUAUUAUCGGUAGCCGAAGGAGAUUUGUGCGAUCAAAUGUUUGCGUCUAUGGCCAGCUUAAGGGUCAGGCUUGCAGGCAUUGUGUUUAGCAGCACAAGCUCUGCCACUGUGGGGGAAUCUUUUACAUUGAUAUCUGUGAAUGUUCCAACAUUUCUCUUAUUAAUACUGUAUGAAUUUGCCUUAGUGUUGAAGUCAUGCUUCUGUAUAGCAUUUAGAGACUGGCUUAAAGGUAUAUGUUCACUGUACAAUUUAUCAUCAGCAGUUCUGGCCCCUUUAAGGACCACGCAGAGUUAUGGGAUGUUGCACUAGUUGUUCACUAGGAACUGCUUCCUUUGCCUAGGCUUUUUACAUUUCUCAAAGUGUGUGCAACAUUAUGCUGCUUUAAAAGGGAAGCACAUCCAAAAAUAGGUUGGGAUUGAGUGACCAGAAGUGAUUAGUCACUGUCUAGCUGUCCAUGUGCUCUCAAUAAUUCUGGCCACACCAGACUGAAUGACAUGAGUGUUUUCACCUGAACCCCAUGCUCAUUUACUUGUGGUGGCACAUGUCCUGGCAGGGGGGAAGACUAGGGGGGCGGACAGGGUGCAGUUUUUGCAUUUGAGCCAUCGGUCCUCUAGUUACUGGGGAGUGCUGAGGUAAACAGUAUAGCAGCCUCCAAUUACAAGUAUAAAACUAUACAUUGAAGGAAUGUCAGUAUUCCCAAGCUACAAUAUACUUGACUACAGUUGGAAGAAAAAGCCUAGUAUUAUGGUGGAGUCCAGCAACCCAUCCAUUGCCUUGUUCCAAUGUGAAGUGAAGGAUUCUUGAACCUGAAGUCUAUCUGCUUUCCAUAGUGGGUGGUACACAGAUUUUUCUGGAAAGCAGAAGGCCUUCAAGUCCCAGAAUGCAUCACUUUACAGUGGAACACUGCGACGGACGGGGUUCGCUUUACACUGUGAGCCUACGGGAGGAUGAGGAAAUGGGUCAGCGUUAGAGGCAGUUUAUGAUAGUUUCCUUUCAAUAUGCAAAAUCAGGUAUGUCUGGGUAAAAACAAAACUUCUAAAAUCAGAAGAGUUAUGAACUGCAAAAUUAACAAAAUGAAUGCAUCCCAGCCUGGUUGGGUAUAAUUCCUUUUAGAACGCAAUGCUCAUUAUUAAUCAUCCAUUAGGUUUACCUUUUUUCUUUAGCUUAAGAAUCAUCAGGAAAGAAUGGGGCACGGUUUGCUUGGUUAGGUCUAUGGUUUGUGCCAAAAACACUUAUUUACUAUUCUUGGUCCUAUAAGGGGAACUGUAGUUGUUUAAAGGGGUUGUUCACCUUCCAAACACUUUUUUAAGUUCAUUUGUUUUCAGAUUUUCCCCCAGAAAUAAAGCCUUUUUUCAAUUA